AUGUCGGGCAUCAACCCUGAACUAGAGGAGGCUUUGCGCAAGCUGGACGAGGAACUCGAGGAAGGAGACAUCACCAGAAAGGGCUACGAAAAGAGGCGGACUCUUAUUCUCUCUCAGUAUAUCAAUCCCCAAGCCCCCACGCCGCAGUCGCCUGUGCAGUUACAACCUCAACCGCGAGGAGGUCUCCGCGUACAUUCGCCUGAUGACAGCGACCAUCCCGCUUCCACCAACGAUGCCUCCAGAGCAGCCUCGCUUGCGGCCCUCACCGGCCAAUCCGUGCCCAGCCCGUCAAGGAGCGGAACCCUCACCGAGAGUUACCCGAGCAUGAACCGGCGGGCCUCGAUGCUGAGGGACGAAUUCAACGAGGCCCGGAGAAGCGUCACUCCUCAAAGCCAUGUUCAGAGGUUUCAAGAGAGGGAGGCAGGGGGCAUGCCGCGGGGAUCAAUUUCAGGAACCUCCUAUGACGGGCGACACGAAACAUUCAUGACUGCCAAUGAUCAAUCCCGUAGUCAGACGCUCUUGAGCCAGAACUAUGCUUUCAAUCCCGAUGUGCAACAGAACUAUGGCCCCCCGGAGACCCGCAAUUCUACCAUGCUCGAUUCACAACAAGGCUACUUUUCUGAUUUUGCAGGCCAACAACGAGAAGACAAUCACGAAAACUACGGAGGGAAUCUGCACCGAUAUUCGCAGGGUGAGGUGACGUCGCCAACAGCACAGACGAUACCGCCUUUUCUCGGCUCUGGGGAGUUAGCAGGAGGCGCCGCUAUUCAUCAAAUGCCGCUUGAGCCACGCGAGGUACCAUUCGCCAUUUGCGACCCGCACGAUUCGCAUAUUGAGAUGUCGAGGUUCGAGAAUAUUGCUGCAGUGCUCCGGCAUCGCGCAAAAACAAACCCCAAGCAGGCGGCGUAUUGGGUUCUCGACCAAAAGGGCAAAGAAAUCGUUUCCAUCACCUGGGAGAAGCUGUGCAGCAGGGCCGAGAAAGUCGCCCAAGUCAUCCGCGACAAAAGUAGCCUGUACAAAGGAGAUCGGGUUGCCCUGAUCUAUACCGAGAACGAAAUCAUUGAAUUCGCAGUGGCGUUGCUCGGCUGCUUCAUCGCCGGUGUGGUAGCUGUACCGAUCAACGACAUGAAGAAUUAUGUCAGAUUGAAUGUCGUCUUGACCUCAACGCAGGCACAUCUUGCCUUGACCACUGAAGCAAAUCUCAAGAACUUCCAGCGAGAUAUCACUGCGGCGAAGCUUAACUGGCCUCGCAGGGUGGAAUGGUGGAAGACCAAUGAGUUCGGCAGCUAUCAUCCCAAGAAGAAGGGCGAAGAACCUCCUCUUGUGAUGCCCGACCUUGCCUUCAUCGAGUUCUCCAUGGCUCCUACUGGUGACCUUAGGGGCGUUGUCAUGAGCCAUAAGACUAUCAUGCACCAAAUGGCCACCCUCAGCGCAAUGAUCACGUCGGCCACGAGUAACACAAAAGCUGAUACCUUCAAUCCCUCUCUACGUGACAAGCAAGGGCACGUCAUUACUGGUUCAAGACACGGCGAAAUCAUGCUCAGUUACCUCGAUCCAAGGCAAAGUGUUGGGAUGAUCCUCGGAGUUCUGCUGAACAUCUACGGCGGCCACACCGUGAUCUACGUCGAUCAAAGGACGAUCGAAACGCCGGGUCUCUACGCCAACCUCAUUACAAAAUACAAGACGACAUUACUUGUCGCUGACUACCCUGGGCUCAAGAGGGCUGUCUACAACUACCAAGCGGAUCCUAUGACGACGAGGAAUUUCAAACGCAACUUCGAGCCUAAUUUCUCCAGCGUCAAGUUGUGCAUGAUCGACACUCUGACCGUAGAUGCCGAAUUCCACGAGCUCCUUGCUGAUCGAUGGCUCAAGCCACUUCGCAACCCUAGGGCGCGAGAGAUUGUGGCUCCCAUGCUUUGCCUGCCUGAGCAUGGAGGAAUGGUGAUAAGCAUGCGCGACUGGCUUGGAGGAGAGGAACGUAUGGGCUGCUCGUUAACACACGAGAUGGACCACGACCGUGAGGUCGAAGAGAAGAAAGAAGAAAGCUCAACCAUGAAAUCCGGCUUCGGCAGUAGUCUUAUCGGAGGUGGUAGUGCUAAACCAUCCAAAGAGCGCUCGACAGAGGAGCUGGGGGAGGUGCUCCUAGACAAGGAGGCUUUGAGGACAAACGACAUUGUCGUCUUGGCCAUGGGAUCUGAAGCCAGGGCGAAAGCGAGCUCUUUCCCGAACGCCGUCAGGUGCGGCGCGUUCGGUUAUCCUAUCCCCGACGCCACUCUUGCGAUCGUGGACCCCGAGUCUGGCCUCCUAUGCACUCCAAAUUCAAUUGGCGAAAUCUGGGUUGACUCUCCCUCGCUCUCAGGGGGCUUCUGGGCGUUACCCAAGCACACGGAGACAAUCUUUCAUGCUCGUCCUUAUUGUUUCAAGGAGGGCGACCCUACUCCGACCGCGAUUGAUCCCGAGUUUUUACGCACUGGCUUACUGGGCUGUGUCAUCGAAGGCAAAAUCUACGUCUUAGGCUUAUACGAAGACCGACUCAGACAAAGGGUUGAAUGGGUCGAACAUGGGUUGGCGGUGCAGGAACACCGCUACUUCUUCGUCCAGCAUCUCAUCCUCAGCAUCAUGAAAAAUGUGCCCAAGAUUCACGACUGCUCUGCCUUUGAUUGUUUUGUAAAUGACGAACAUCUUCCGAUUGUUCUUCUUGAGUCGCCAUCGGCGUCGACCGCUCCACUAUCGUCCGGCGGUCCGCCCCAACAGCUUGAUAUCGCGUUGCUCGACUCUUUGGCGGAGAAGACGAUGGACAUUUUGUAUCAGGAGCAUCAUCUCAGGGUGUACUGCGUUUUGAUUACAGCGCCCGGAAUUCUGCCACGAGUAACGAAGAACGGCCGACGAGAGAUCGGCAACAUGCUUUGCAGGAGGGAGUUUGACAACGGCGCACUUCCCUGUGUUCACGUAAAAUUCGGGGUCGAACGGGCGGUGCAGAACCUGCCAGUCGGUGAGGAUAUCAACGGCGGGAUAUGGUCCGUCAAUUCGAGUGCCACACGAGCUGAUCUGCUCUAUGGCCAAGAGACCCAAUGGUCGGGCGUUGAUCCUCGCGAGGUCGUCAUCGACGACAGGACUUCGACGGCGUUGAGUAAUUUCACCAACAUAUUCGACCUGAUGCAAUGGCGCGUAGCGAGGCAGGCGGACGAGCUUGCAUACUGCACAAUCGACGGCCGGGGCAAGGAAGGCAAGGCUCUGACAUGGAAAAAGUUCGACCAGAAAGUGGCCGCGGUGGCCCUCUACCUUCGAAACAAGGUCAAAGUCAAGCCAAGCGAUCACCUCGUCUUAAUGUACACGCACUCAGAAGAUUUCGUGUUCGCCAUCUAUGCCUGCAUGGUGCUCGGAGCGAUCGCGAUCCCAGUGGCGCCACUGGAUGCGAAUAGACUCUCGGAGGAUGCACCAGCAUAUCUACACAUCGUCGCCGACAUGGGGGUGAAGGCUGUUCUCUGCAAUACCGACGUCGACCACUUGUUCAAACAGAAGAUCGUCUCACAACACCUCAAGCAGUCAGCCCAGUACUUGAAGGCACACAUUCCCAACGUCUACAAUACCACGAAACCUGCAAAGCAGUCUCACGGUUGCCGGGAGCUGGGCCUAACAAUCAAUCGCGGGUGGAUCUCUCCGACAAAUCCAGUCAUAAUCUGGACUUACUGGACGCCUGACCAGCGUCGAGUCUCGGUGCAGCUGGGGCAUGACACCAUCUUGGGGAUGUGCAAGGUCCAGAAGGAGACCUGUCAAAUGACCAGCUCAAAACCAGUGCUUGCUUGCGUAAGAAGCACAAUCGGAAUCGGCUUUCUGCAUACAGUCACAAUGGGAGUCUACAAUGGCAGUGCCACCUACCUGAUUUCGCCGCUUGACUUUGCGCAAAACCCCGGCUCGCUGUUCCUCGCCUUGUCGAGAUACAAGGUCAAGGACACAUAUGCAACCAGCCAAAUGUUGGACUUUGCCAUGGGUCACGUCCCUGGCAAAGGUUUCUCUCUCCACGAGCUGAAAAACCUGAUGGUCAUCUCCGAGAAUAGACCGCGCCUGGACCUGUUUGCGAAAGCCAGGACUCACUUUUCUCAGACCGGACUGGAAAGGACGGCUGUCAACACGAUUUAUGCACACGUCCUUAAUCCGAUGAUAGCCUCUCGCAGCUACAUGUCGAUCGAACCGAUCGAGCUUUGGUUGGAUGUGCGUGCAUUGAGACGAGGUCUGAUCUAUCCGGUCGACCCAGAUACCGAUCCCACGGCUCUUUGCAUUCAAGACUCGGGAAUGGUCCCCGUGUCGACUCGCAUUGCUGUUGUCAACCCGGAGACUUGCCAACUCUGUCACAUAGGCGAGUUCGGCGAGAUCUGGGUGCAGUCAGAAGCAUGUGCCAAAUCAUUCUACAUGUCGAAGCAGGUCUUCGACGAAGAAAGAUUCAACGGCCGCAUUGCUGGCGGUGAUCAAAAAGUCACGUACGUACGGACAGGCGAUCUAGGCUUCCUCCACAAUGUGACGAGACCCAUCGGACCUGGCGGUCAGCCCGUGGAAAUGCAAAUUCUAUUCGUCCUGGGCAGCAUUGGUGAGACGUUCGAAGUCAACGGCCUCAACCACUUUCCCAUUGACAUUGAGACCACAAUCGAGAAGAGUCACCGGAACAUUACACCUGGUGGUUGUGCCGUCUUCCAAGCCGGCGGCAUGGUCGUAGUCCUCGUGGAAGUCUUCCGUAAAUCCUAUCUUGCGUCGAUCGUGCCGGUCAUUGUCAACGCAGUGCUUCACGAACACCAAAUCAUCGUUGACAUUGUCGCCUUUGUUGGCGAGGGCGACUUCCCCCGAAGCAGACUAUCAGAAAAGCAGCGAGGCAAAAUCCUGGCCUCAUGGGUGACGCGCAAACUGCGGACAAUUGCACAAUUCGGAAUCCGCGAUGCCGACGGCGACAGCCAACACACUGUAACCCUUGCGGAUCGCAAGGCCCCGAGCAUUGCCAGCAAGGCAUUGUCACUGAGUCAACACGAUCAAAGACGCACAUCCAUGGCCUCCGAAUCGAGGGCAAAUCAUCAACAAGCGGAUCAAAUGUCCAGCCGCUCCAGUAUCGUGCCCGAAGUCCCUUUCUCCCUACCUCCAAACCACUACCAAAUCGACCCGACAGGCCUGUACAACCCCAGCGCACCAUCAGGCGAAACCAAAGGCGUCUCCCUAAGCGACAAACCAUACACCUUCCCCGAAGGCGCCGUCGAAAUGCCCGCCAAUCAGUUCGACGACGGGGAUGAAAACGAAAACCCCUACCUGACGGAUGAAAAGUUCUUCGACCCAAAUGCUGACCUGGAGCGGCAGUUUGACGACUAUGUCAGCCCCGUGGACCCCUCCCUUUUGGAUCCCGCGCCUGGCGGCCCGCCGAGAUUGUCACUCGUCAACCCGGACGACUAUCCCCGCAACGGGAGCAACGACAACACCCCGACCUCGUACACCGCGACCGUGACGCCCACGUCGGCAGUUCCCCACGCGCUCCGCACGCCCGUCGACAUUGGUGCCGAAUCCCCCUACGAAGACCAGGGCAACCCCUUCAGAAACUCCAUCCCCGCGAGCAUUCCUAGCUUCGACUUCAUCACCUCGCCGUCCUUCACCACGUCGUUGACGAAUCCCGCCGCCCAGACGCGGAGUCCUCUCUCCCCCGGAGCCCCCGCUCGCGAUCAAAUGGCCUCUGCCAGCGCGGCCUACCAUCGCAUCACGUCCCCGCCCGCCGCUGCUCCCGGCACGGUAGGUGCGACGGGCGGGCGCGCCCUCCUGCCAAGUCAACAGGCACGAUACCCGAAGCCCGCGCCCCCACCCGCACCCGCAGCUGUGUCCGGUACUGGUACCGAUCUUGCGCGCUACCCCAGCAAUAAUUCAUACGAGUACGAGGUUCAAGACCUGCCGCGCGAGGCGUUACAGUAUGUCAAUUCGGCGCAUUCACAACAAGCCCGGGGCCACGGACACGGGCACGGCCACAAGCGGUCCGGAUCCUCGAAUUACGUGGCGGAUCAGAAUAGUUUGCACCCCGACGACGCCAGGCAGAGCAUCGACCUGAGCAGUAUCUCCGGGAGUGUGCGGCGGAGGUACGAUGGCAGCGCGUAUGAUGAUUAUGACUACUAA